AUGAAGGCGGUAAAGUGGCUGGCGUUUAUCACUGUGUGCUCAGCAAGCCAAUACGACAGUGGAGGAGAAAAAAAUGGCUUGACCGAAAACGAAAAUUCUACUGUACGACUUGAGCCUAUAGAAGGCACGCCCAACUUCAGACUAAUCAAGCCAGAGAAAGCCACACAGUGGUUCCCAGAAAGAGAAAUUAAACUCGACAGUUGUGUGCGCAAAUCCCGGUGUGAAGCGCUGAAUAGAACCACUUGUCUUGGUGUCAAGUUACCAUACAACAAAACGAGCGUGCGUCUAACGUUCUAUGAUACACAAUAUAAAAUACAGAACCGACUAGAGUUGUAUCGUGAGCUUAUAAAUGUACCAAAAUGCUGGGCGGUCAUACAGCCCCUGUUGUGUGCUACGUUGAUGCCGAACUGUGAAAGGAUCAAUGGCCAGGAUAUGGUGUAUCUACCCUCAUAUGAAAUGUGCAAGAUUACAAUGGAGCCGUGUGCUAUUUUGUACAAUACCUCGUACUUUCCGUCCUUUCUUAAAUGUAAUGCUACCCUGUUCCCGCCGAAAUGUGAUAAUGCUGCACGGGAGAUGAAGUUCAAUACGACUGGAAAAUGCCUCUCGCCCCUCAUUCAUACUGAUAAAAAUGUGCAUUUUUAUGAAGGUAUCGCCGGCUGUGGUCUUCCAUGCAGGGAUCCCCUGUAUACAGAAGAUGAACACCAACAAAUCCACAGGCUUGUGGCCUGGGGAGCCUCUGCGUGUCUCGCCCUGAACCUUCUUACUGUAGCCACUUUUCUAAUAGACUGGCGAAGCGCCAAUAAAUACCCCGCGCUAGUGAUAUUUUACAUCAAUGUUUGCUUCGCCGUUGCGUCGAUGGGUUGGCUAGUACAAUUUGUGGGAUCCAGGGAUGAUAUAGUUUGCUCAAAAGAUGGAACGAUUCGUCAGGGCGAGCCCUCGGCUCAGGAAAAUCUAUCUUGUGUGGUAGUUUUUGUACUGGUUUACUAUUUCAUGAUGGCGGCGUGUGUUUGGUUUGUGAUAUUUACAUACGCGUGGCACAUGAGCUUCCGGGCGUUAGGAAAAAUCCAAGAUCGAAUAGACAAAAAAGCCGCCUAUUUUCACUUAGUGGCCUGGUCUUUACCACUAAUACUCACAAUAGCAACGAUGGCCAUCGGUGAAGUCGACGGCAGUAGCAUCACCGGAGUGUGCUUCGUGGGUUAUGUUAACCAUGCUAUGAGAGGCGGUUUGCUGUUGGCACCUUUGUUUGUGGUUCUCACAUUGGGAGGAUAUUUCCUUUUGAGAGGUGUAGUUUCCCUAGUAGCAGUGCGUGUGUCAAGCCGAGAUGUUAUAUCCCCGCGGGCCGCGAACAAGAUUCGUCAGACCAUAACCCGUUGUUCCCUAACCGCUACUUUGGUAGCCGUAUUCAUAUGCGUCACGUUCGCCUGUCACGUCUACGAGUUUAGGAAUGCUGAAUCGUGGAAGGAGGCUUUUAAAAGGAAUAUUAUCUGCCGCCUCGAAGCCCUAAAAGAACCAGAAAAGGAGUGUUCGAACGGCGCUCGGCCAUCGGUAUCAGUCCUUCAACUGCGUCUCUUGUGUUGUUUCGCUGCUGGAGCUCUGAUGGCUUCGUGGACUUGGACUCCGGCUGCAGCCGCUGCCUGGAGGCGGUAUAUGGCUAAAAAAUGCGGGUGUUCCGUAGAAGCGGAAAUGACGCGUCGCGCGCACAAACACGAGCUGAUAGCGCGUGCGUACAAACGGAGGAACGAAUUCAUGACACGCGGAAGGCUUUCCAUCUCCUUGGGAGGCUCUCGACAGGAUCCUGUGGGACUUUGUCUGGAUCAUACAUCGCCCAUUGACUGCCCGGAUGAUGCAAAACAUGAAAGUGGUGAGCUGUCGUCAUCAUGGGCAGCAAAUCUGCCGCGUUUUGUGCGCAGACGGGAUGCGUUAGUUUUGCCGACGCACGCGCAUCACUCGCUCAGCUCCACACCGGAUCGAAGGAAUUCACAAGACUCCCAAAUCAGCAUCAGCCUUCGUCAUGUCUCCGUGGAAUCCAGACGCAACUCCCUCGACAGUCAGCUGUCUGUCAAAAUCGCCGAAAUGAAAACCAAAGUGGGUAGACGCAGGACCAAACAUACGAAAACUAAACGGAAAAGCCGAACGCCGAGAAAGGAAAGCACGCCAUCUAUCGAGAGCCAGAUAAGUCGAUAUUGGCUUCAGGCGGUGGCCAAUAAUGACCCUUCUAGGGAGGAGGUAAAGUUCAGUUUUGAUUGA